AACGAUUGAUUGAAAUAUAAGAUAAAAACAAAAACAAAAGAAAUCAUAAUUUCCCCACUUUAGAAUAGUGAGAGCCCGAAAAAAAAAAACCUCACUUGGUCACAUUUCUCUAACGAAGAUCUGAAAUGGCGUCACUAGCAAGGCUAUCGAGAAAAACCCUAGCCACCGCAAUCACCUCCCACCGCCACCUACUCCGCCGCGCUCUCGCCACCGAAGCCGUGGCAAAGGUAACCGAAUCACCACCACCAGCACUGCCGAUAACGGAAUCACCAGAUCGAGUGAAAUGGGACUACAGAGGCCAGAGGAUGAUCAUUCCGUUAGGUCAGUGGCUCCCGAAGAUCGCUGUCGAUGCGUAUGUUGCUCCUAAUGUUGUAUUGGCCGGUCAGGUCAACGUGCUUGACGGAUCAUCCGUCUGGAACGGCGCCGUUUUACGGGGAGAUUUGAAUAAGAUUACUGUUGGAUUUUGUUCGAAUGUGCAGGAGAAGUGUGUUGUUCAUGCCGCUUGGUCAUCUCCUACAGGUUUACCAGCAGAAACAAUGAUCGAACGGUUCGUGACAGUUGGAGCCUAUUGCCUACUAAGGUCUUGCACGAUCGAGCCAGAGUGCAUAAUCGGUCAACAUUCAAUACUGAUGGAAGGGUCUUUGGUUGAAACCCAUUCCAUACUCGAAGCGGGGUCCGUAUUGGCUCCAGGAAGACGGAUUCCAAGCGGGGAAUUAUGGGCGGGUAAUCCAGCUCGGUUUGUGAGGAAACUUACUCAUGAAGAAACUCUAGAGAUCCCAAAACUUGCAGUUGCCGUUAACGACUUGAGCAAAGAAUAUUUCAACGAGUACUUGCCUUACUCAACGGUGUAUUUGGAGGUCGAGAAGAUGAUGAAGUCUCAUGGAAUUUCAAUUUGAAAAAAAAAAUCAUUUACUUUUUUUUUUGUUUUUCUUGUAUCCGCUUUUCCUUAAAAGGGAGAAAUAAGUAACUCGAGAGAACACGGUAUGUUUUUUUUUGUAUCUUGAUUUAAAGAUUAACUAAAUCGUAUGGGCCAAUGCUGUUAAAACCAGACCAGGCUCCAGGCCCCUUGCUUGUUUGGUUUUAAGUUUAAACCGCUACUUCUUGGACAUGCCGGUUUUUGGCAAGUGGUAGUUGAAUUGGUGACCCGGUUGGACCGGUUGAAUAUUUAUCUUUAUCCUCA